AUGAUGAAUCGUACAGCAUUGAACGGGCUGUGUCCGGUACCGUUUCUUCAGGAAGAACUCUUCCCCUCCACCGGUGGAUUCAUCGGAGGUCGUUAUUGUCAACCUGUGGGCGAUAUCUCUUGCUGUUUACCCUGUCCGAUAGUAGCAUGGACGUACGGUGAUGGGUUGUUCGAGAAAGCGAGUUCUGCGAGUUGGAUCAGUGUCGCUAUGUUGCCACUCUGUAUCUUCCUGCUUGUGUCGUAUGCAGUCCUUCCGGUCAAAUUUACGCAUCGCCACUACCUCAGUAUCUGCUUCACAUUGGGCAUCUGUUUCAUGGAGAUUGCGUUCAUUAUCCCUCUAGGGGUAAAACCGGAUCAAUGCCAUAACCAGAUCACUCCCAACGAUAUGCAUUCUAGUCUCUCGUGCGCUUUCACAGGUGCCCUUCUUCUUUUCGGAGGCUGGAUGGUGGUAGUAUGGAGUUUUCUCCGUACGGUGGCCUUCCAUCUUCAGGUAUGCUGGGAAGUGAUACUGGGUCCGAAAUUCAUGUGGGGAGCGUUGAUCUUCGGUUGGGUCGUCCCAGCUAUAGGGCUCACGGUGAUGCUGCUCUUGACGGGCGUAUCUUUCCGAUUCGGCACCAUUUGUCAUAUCAACAUCGAUCGUGGCCUGCAGGAUUACUGGAUCCCCAUCAUCUCGUUCUCCGUUGCCGCGCUGAUCCUGCAACUGGCGACAAUGGGGUACUGCAUCCACGUCUACAUCAAGUCUCUCUUCGACACGGAUUCAACCACAAAUAGCUCGGGAUUGCCGUCCUACUCCUCCAGCGUCCGCACCGUGUCCGCUCGUCAAGCAUACCGUCGCAUCCGAAGAGUCCUCCAACUACAAUGGCGAGGCGUAGCUCUAGUCUUGAUCAUCGUCGCGAAUGUGAUUUUCUUCGCCGUGACCUUCAUCGACCUCGACAGCGGUCUCAAACCGACGCGAGAGAAUAUGAAAAAGGCGACUCCAUGGAUUGCGUGUCUGGCAGCCUCCGGGGGUGACCGGGAAAAAUGCGACCACGAGGCGGCAAAGGUCCGGCCCAGCGAAGGACUACUGCUCGCCGUCCUGAUCCUCCUCUCCCUGGUCGGAUUCUGGAACUUCAUCCUCUUUGCUCGCCCCUCGAUGUUCCGCGGCUGGGUCGACUUCUUCCAGAACAUGUUCGGCAUGGGCGAGGCCCGUCUCGAGUUCGUUUCCGCUGAUGCGCGCGGGCGGCUGGGCGACGCGCGGUCCUACGAGAUGCUCAACAGCACGGGACUCCCCUCCUACAAAUCACCAUCGCCCAUGGUCCGAUCGCCAAGUCCUGCGCGCAUGGCGGGGACGAAGAGUCCCGAGAAUGGCCACUUCGGGCGAGAUGCCAGGUACGUGCGGCCGUCCAUGAGCUUCUCCAGCCCGCGGCCGCCCAGCGCAUCACAAGGGCGCGACUGGGAUCCCAAGACAACGUUCGCCCCGGCCGUCUAUCGGGAAGAUGAUGACUAG